AUGGUAGACACCAGGUUCACCCAGGUAACCGGUGACUUGAAGAAGAGUGUCGGUACCGCCAGCAUCAGCAUACCGUCAUUGAAGCCACCGCUGAGGACCGCGAACCGCGUUCGCCGUCACGCUCCUGAACCGCUGAAGAGGCUUUACCGGGAAGAGCACGAAUGCCGGCAGGAAGAGCACAGUCGUCAUGCCAAGGCUAUCAUCAGCCAAUUCAACUUUGAAUCCGCCAUAUUGCAAGCAGAGACCUCCGUCUUGAGGCUCCGGAGCGAUGCUUUGCCCUAUCCGGGUUUAAAGCUCCCAUCCGGAGUACAGCUGGAAUCCCUCCAGGGGUCGGAUCAUUCGUAG